AUGCUAGCUGAAAUAUAUGAUUUAAUACUAGACCAGUUGAAUGAUGAUAUGAACUAUAUUGCUCAAAGAGCUGCGAAAUUGAAAACAGCUCCAUUAAUUGAAAAUACAGCUGUUGUGCAACAGGAAAUUGUUAAAAUGAAAGUGGAAUUAGUAACAAGAAAGCAUGCAACCAUUAGUAGGAGAGAAAUCAAAGCUGAUCCAACAAUAUUGAAUAAUGCUGAUAAAAAUGAAUUUUUAAUAUCAGCACAACGAAGUUUCACUAUAAGUCGUAAUUACUACGAUAAUAAAUGUACAAGUCGACUUUU